UGACGCAAUCGUUUGGACCCGCCCAUUCCCGUUGUAUUUCUCGAGUUAACAGAUGAGCCGAUACGAAUACAUUCAUUAGAGAAGGAGACCUCGGACUUUAUACGUUAUAGAAGCGGCUUGGCUUUCUUGCCUGCUUGCACUUUUCGUCACUGACCUGUCCCUGGCUGCAUUUUAAAAGGUAUUCAUCAUGGCAAGUAAAAAGAUGAGUAAAUUUGGACAGAUGCUACUGCGAAGACGUACUCUAGAUUUCAGCGAAGAGGAAACUCGAUUUGCACGCUGCUUGUCAACAAUUGAUCUAAUUGCACUGGGUGUUGGAAGCACUCUGGGUGCUGGCGUCUAUGUACUAGCAGGAGAAGUAGCCAGGGAUAAGGCAGGACCUGCUAUUGUUCUUUGCUUCCUAAUUGCUGCUUUAUCCUCUGUCCUUGCUGGUCUUUGCUAUGCAGAAUUUGGUGCCCGGGUUCCAAAGACUGGUUCUGCUUACCUAUAUAGCUAUGUUACAGUUGGAGAAAUCUGGGCGUUUAUAACUGGAUGGAAUCUGAUUCUUUCCUAUGUCAUUGGCACUGCCAGCGUAGCUCGUGCAUGGAGCUCCACUUUUGACACUCUGAUAGAGGAAAGGAUUUCUUCUUUCUUUAAACAUUCAGUCUCUAUUAAAGUGCCAGGUGUUUUGGCUGAAUAUCCUGAUUUUUUCGCUUUAAUACUUGUGAUGCUGUUGACAGCAUUACUGGCAUUUGGAGUGAGUGAAUCGGCACUUGUAAACAAGGUUUUCACUGGAAUAAACUUGGUAGUAUUGUCAUUUGUCAUCAUAUCUGGAUUUGUGAAGGGAGAUGUGAAGAACUGGAGUUUGGGUGAAGAAGAUUUUGCAAAUUUCACAAGUUUAAACAGUACUCAAUUUGGAACAGGAGGUUUUGCUCCAUUUGGAUUUAGUGGAGUCUUGUCGGGUGCAGCCACGUGCUUCUAUGCAUUUGUGGGUUUUGACUGCAUUGCCACCACUAGUGAAGAAGCAAAAAAUCCCCAGCGCUCAAUACCUAUAGGAAUUGUUUCUUCUUUGCUGAUCUGCUUCUUUGCUUACUUUGGCGUGUCUGCAGCCCUUACACUCAUGAUGCCUUACUAUAUGCUUAAUGACCGGAGCCCUCUUCCCGAAGCCUUCAGAUAUGUGGGUUGGGGUCCAGCACACUAUAUUGUUGCAGUUGGCUCUCUUUGUGCUCUGUCAACGAGUCUGCUAGGUUCCAUGUUUCCCAUGCCAAGGGUCAUCUAUGCCAUGGCAGAAGAUGGACUUCUUUUCCGUUUUCUAUCUCGAAUGAACAAGAGAACUAGAACUCCACUUCUGGCUACAAUUGUGUCUGGAUUCAUUGCAGCUUUGAUGGCUUUCUUGUUUGAGCUUUCAGACUUAGUAGACCUUAUGUCAAUUGGGACUCUUUUGGCCUAUUCUCUUGUGGCAGUUUGUGUACUCAUUCUCAGAUACCAACCAGGUUCUCUUAAGAAUGAUGAUAAAUUUGAAAGUAUGGUAGAGCUAAAUGGAGAGAAAACAGCAAUGAAUGAUGCUGAUACUGCAGAUGAAGAUUCUGAUGAAAUUAAGCCACUGAAAAACAAGUUUCAUGUUACACUUCUGUUUAUGCCAAAUUCUGAAAUUCCAACCAAGAUGUCUGGAGUAAUUGUCUAUAUUACCACAGCUGUUAUCUUUGCCAUCUUCACUGUACUUUGCUACAUUUUGGCUAUUCAACUUGAAAGAAUAGCAAAUGGUGACAUUUUGUGGAUUGCAUUUUGCUCUGUGCUGGUAGUUGUGUCCCUUGUUUGUACCAUUAUUAUCUGGAGACAACCUGAGAGCAAAGAAUCCCUGUUGUUUAAGGUACCUUUUCUGCCCAUCCUUCCACUGAUAAGCAUUUUUGUAAAUAUCUACCUCAUGAUGCAAAUGAGUGGUGGCACCUGGGUGCGCUUCAGUGUCUGGAUGGCUAUCGGUUUUAUUAUUUAUUUUGCUUAUGGAAUGUGGAACAGUUCGGAAUCUGAAAAGAAUGAAAAUGCCAAUCAGGCAAAAACUCCCAUAUAUCGAGGAGAGGACUCGGCACUCAGUGCCACUCUUGCUUAAGGAAAGAGGGGUAUGGAGUGUUCCUGUGCCCAGAACUCACCAUAGCAUCAAGUUGCUAGGAAAGGCAGCUAAUGGAGCAGUGUGAAUAUUGCAGUUCAGUAUUGUUAAUGUAUUAUAUUGUUUAUAUCUGUAUUUAUUGUAUAUAUGUUAAUUAGUGAAGUUUGAAAAAUUAAUAGCUGUAUAGUUGUAAACAUUGUUUUCAUUGCCUAUUUGUAAAUGUGCUUUAUUUUGCCACUUCAAUGUCUUGCUCCUGUUAGAUAGUAUAUACAGUGUAUAUUUGACAAUACUGGCUUGUUUUCUUAAAAUCAUACUACUUUUACUUGAGCCUUUUGUGCCUGAUUAGUCAGUUGUUUAACUGUGAGAGUAAUCAUCAAUCUGUUUCCCUAAGGAAAGAGAGAGUAACGGGAAUGCAGAGCUCAGAACAGGAACUACACAAUUUUAUUGCAGCUUAUGUUUGUUACAUAUUGUGUACAUAUAAAUUUCAGCUUUUUGUGUUUUAAAGUAUGGCCUAAAGUAAUGACCUUUUUUAAACAUAUCUUAACAAGUGGGUUUUAAGGUGUGUGCAGGAAAGUCAGUGUGAUACUCUUAAACUGUAUGAUCUUAUCCCAAUAUUCCCAGUUUAUACUGUAAUCAUAUUGACACAAGAAGCAAUUGGUAUUUAUUUUGAUUCUUGUAAAAUACAAAAGGUUUACAUUAGAACUUCAGUCAUCUUUAACUGUGUAUGUAGUAUGAGCUUGUCUUCAUUCCAGAGACCUACAUCAAGAAUAAGAUGAACUGAAUUUAUAGAAGAAUCUGCCUUUUAAUAGUGUGUCCCUCCAGAAUCAAGGAUUGCACCACUGAUAUUUUUUAAUGUGAAUGCUGUAAUUUUUAGUACCAUUAUUUCUCCUUUUAAAUGAAGGAGCAGACACUUGUAUCACAGGCUUCAGUAUUGUUGCAUAAACUCUAUUUUACAUACAAGGGUUUUAGUCAAAUCCACAUACCUCCAAAAUAUUUUUUGUUUAAUUUUAUAUUCUGUACUCUUGUGUGCCUAAUAACGGCCAAACAAGUAAGCCCUGCCACAUGCAUGAGUUAAUGCCUUGUAAGAGAUUUGUCCUCCUACGUGUUACACAGUAGUCAAUGGCAGGGCUGUUUACCAACAAAUGGGAUAAGAGGUUUAUUAGGAGGUCAGGGACGCAAAUAGGCAGGACUUAAGAAAAAAAUCUGCGUACGUUUCCAGUUCUUUGCUGUUUGCGGUUUGCUUGUAAUUGAAGUAUUAAGCUCAUUUUUUUAGAUGGCCUCAUUAGACUGGCUUUGUGAAUUGUAUUUGUGUGAAGGUCAAAUUUUUCUUGGGCCACAGUCAUUUGUUUAUUUGCUGUAGUGUUAAGACAUCAACUGAUGGCAUUUUAGCUGCUUACUUUUUAAUUUAAAUAUGUACAGUAUAUAUGACUUGUGUAUAUAGUGUCUAUAUGCAGACCUUGAACGCUAUAAAGUGUAAGUUCUCACUGAACUGAAAAUAGAAAAUAAACAAGAGUGUUUAAUUUUGUGUAGAUAUUUUUAAGCAGUGUGCUCUUAAUAUUUUGUAACUUGAGUAUGUCUUUAAAUAAUUUGGAUAAAAAAAAGCACCAGCUAA